AUGGAUAAAAGGAGGAAUGAGCUGGGAGAUUACAUGCAUCAUGAGAUUGGUGCUGGGCAAGAUUAUCAGGAUUUCAUUCUGGGCUUGGCCAUCGAAGGAUUCAAGGACACAGCCGGAAGAAUUUCGGGAGCAGUCUCAGGCGUUCUACCAGAAUCUAACCUCCAAGAAAUGAAAGCCAUGGUAUGCAAAAGGCCGAACGCUCCAUAUCAUUUGGGGUUGAGAUCCGUUCUUUUUGCCUUGGCAACAGGAAACACAGCCAUUUUGAAGGGGGCAGAACUGUCGCCUAGAUGUUACUGGGCUAUUGCCGACGUCUUUCGCGAGGCUGGUCUCCCUGAGGGGUGCUUGAAUCUCAUAUUUCACGCACCCUCGGAUGCGCCAGCUAUUAUUGACGAACUAGUCAGUCAUCCGGAUGUCAAGAAAGUCAACUUCACAGGAAGUAGUCAAGUUGGAAGCAUCAUUGCGGAGAUGGCUGGCAGACAUCUCAAGCCUGUCUUAAUGGAGCUCGGAGGCAAAGCGAGUGCCAUCGUGUUGCCAGAUGCAGACCUUGACAACGCUGCGCUACAUUGCGCAAAAGGUGCCUUCAUGAAUGCGGGUCAAAUUUGCAUGUCAACUGAGCGUAUUAUUGUUCACGAGUCCAUAGCGGAGGACUUCCAUAAGGCGCUCGUUGUUGCAACCAGAGAUCAUUUCGGAUAUAAAGACUCGACUCCUGUGCUCGUCACAGCGGCGUCGGCGCGUCGAAACCGGGAUCUUGUUGCGGAUGCGAUGUCGAAGGGGGCAACCUCCAUGACGCCGAAAGAGCAGCUCGGCGGACUGCCCGAAACUCGAAUGGCGCCGAUGUUGCUGAAAGAUGUAAACAAGGAAAUGACAUUAUAUCAGACGGAAUCAUUCGGUCCUUGUGUGUCACUUUUUACCUUCAAGUCCGAAGACGAGGCAGUGAGCCUUGCCAACGACACAAAGUACGGCCUCAGUGCGUCCGUCUUCACCAGAGACCUUGGAGCGGCAUUUCGCAUUGGAGAGUCCCUCGAGUCUGGUGCGGUUCACAUCAACUCAAUGACCGUUCAUGAUGAGUAUUCGUUACCUCAUGGCGGAGUCAAGCAGAGUGGCUUUGGUCGCUUCAACGGAUAUCAAGGGCUGGAUGAGUUUAUGUACUACAAAACUAUCACUUGGAUGGAGUGA